AUGAACAGACGCUUGGCCGUCUACAAUGACCAAUUGGCCGACUUCGACCAAUAUCUACAGGAGUUCUCUGCCAGUCUGUAUGCCCGUUUCAACGGCACCAUGAUUGUGUCCGCCAACUCCUUCCUCAUAAGGAGGAAAUUUCCACCUCAGUCUAGAUGGUCCCUGGUGCGAGAGCUCAGAUCGAAAGACACCGACUACCAGUAA